CUCCCCACCACCCAUCCUGACUGCCCCUAACCUGGGCUUCACUAUGCCCAUGGCUGGCCAUCGCCUUCUAGCACUUUGCAAGUCCACAGCAGAUCGCAUACGAAGAUUUCUCCCAAAGAAUGCAGAAGGAAAUAGACUGAGGAUGGGACUCGAAUCUAGGUCUCCCUCGGCACCCUAGCUCUCUGGACACAUCCGAUUCAGCCAGCCCUUUCGGUCCGCUGGUGCUUCGGCCCUCUGCUGUCCGAGCCCCGCCCCCACGGGCUCGCACGUGGUUCCCCCACCCCCCCUGACCCAGCGCCUGGGGGCGGAGUAGGGCGGGGCGGGCAGCAAACGCAGCACUUUCAGGGCUUGGACAAGCUCACAGCAGCCGGGCCGAGCGCUGAGCCUGGCCGAGACUGCGCCAUGCAGGAAGCGCCAGCCGUGCUGCCCACGGAGCCAGGCCCCAGCCCCGUGCCUGCCUUCCUAGGCAAGCUAUGGGCGCUGGUGGGCGACCCAGGCACCGACCACCUGAUCCGCUGGAGCCCGAGCGGGACCAGCUUCCUCGUAAGUGAUCAGAGCCGCUUCGCCAAGGAAGUUCUGCCCCAGUAUUUCAAGCACAGCAACAUGGCAAGCUUUGUGCGCCAACUCAACAUGUAUGGUUUUCGGAAGGUGGUGAGCAUCGAGCAGGGUGGCCUACUCAGGCCCGAGCACGACCAUGUCGAGUUCCAGCACCCAAGCUUCGUUCGCGGCCGAGAGCAGCUACUGGAUCGAGUGCGGCGCAAGGUGCCCGCGCUACGCUGCGAGGACGGUCGCUGGAGGCCCGAAGACCUGGGGCGGCUGCUGGGCGAGGUGCAGGCUUUGCGAGGAGUGCAAGACAACACCGAGGCGCGGCUACGGGAGCUCAGGCAGCAGAAUGAGAUCUUAUGGCAGGAGUUGGUGACACUGAGGCAGAGCCAUGGUCAGCAGCACCAGAUCAUCGGCAAGCUGAUCCAGUGUCUCUUUGGGCCACUUCAGACAGGGCCCAGCAGUGCAGGAACAAAGAGAAAGCUGUCCCUGAUGCUGGAUGAAGGGAACUUAUGUCCCACACCUGCCAAAUUUAACUCCUGCUCCCUUCCUGGUGCCCUCCUGCAGGACCCCUACUUUAUCCAGUCGCCCCUCCCCGAGACUACCUUGAGCCUCAGCCCUCACAGGACCAGGGGGCCCAUCAUCUCUGAUAUCCCAGAAGACUCUCCAUCCCCUGAAGGGCCCAGGCCUUCUCCUUCUGGUGGUGGCAGGAGGGAGAAGGACCUGGUGCUACUCAAAGAAGAGCCGGCCAGUCCAGGAGGGGAUGGCAAGGCCGGGCUGGCCCUGGCCCCAAAUGAGUGUGACUUCUGCGUGACAGCACCCCCACCACUGCCUGUGGCUGUGGUGCAGGCCAUCCUGGAAGGGAAAGGGAGCUUCAGCCCUGAGGGUCCCAGGAGUGCCCAACAGCCUGAACCAAGGGGCCCCAGGGAGGUACCUGACAGGGGGCCUCUGGACCUGGAGCAAGGACACCAGAGCCCAGAAAUUCAGCUGCCUCCAGUGCUGCUUCGUCCUCCCCCUGAGGGGUUAGAGCCUGGAGUGCCUAUGGAUGUGCUGGGCUUCAGCCUCCAAGCACGAGAAUGGUCCCUCUUGGACUUGGACAUGGAGCUGUCCUUGGUGCAGCCCUUGGUUCCAGAGAGGGGUGAGGCUGAGCUGGCAGUCAAAGGGGUGAAUUCUCCAGGUCCAGUCCAGACAAUGGGUAAUGUGCAAGAGCGGCCAUCGGAGACUAUCGACCGUGAGCGGAAACGCCUAGUAGAGAUGCUGCAGGCGGACUCUGGGCUAUUACUGGAUGCGCUGGUGGCGCGGGGCGUGCUCAACGGGCCCGAGUAUGAGGCGUUGGAUGCACUGCCUGACGCCGAACGCAGGGUGCGCCGCCUGCUGCUGCUGGUGCAGAGCAAGGGCGAGGCUGCCUGUCAGGAGCUGCUGCGCUGUGCCCAACAAACCAUGCGUGCGCCGGACCCUGCCUGGGACUGGCAGCACGUGGGCCCAGGCUACCGGGACCGCAGCUAUGAUCCUCCGUGCCCAGGCCACGGGACGCCUGAGACACCCAGUUCCGAGAACGCAUAUCCCGGGUUGCCCAGAGCUUCAGAGGAUCCGGAGAAAUCUAGGGGUCCAGAAAGCUCCGAAGUGGUGCAACCAGAGGCUCCAGAAGAGCCAGAUCUAGAAGCUGAGGCCUUUGAAGGAGCUGAGCCAGAACAGGAAGCUGAGAUGGAUCCGGAACCAGAGCCAGAGCCAGAGCCAGAGACUGAACUGGAACCAGAGCCAGAGCCGGAGCCUGAGCUGGACUUCCAAGAGGGGGAUGAGUCUGAAGAUUCCUGAAGGCCUGAGGGCUGACCUGUCGUCCCCAGCUCAAGCCCAAUCCAGACAGGACCUGGGAACCUGCUGGAGCUGCAUUUGAUGCCUCAAGGCUCCAUCUGGCCUGUGGGAAGUGAAUAAACUCCACAGUGUCGGACUGGA